AUGGUGGAGAGGUGCAGAGAGGACUGGGCAGCAGUCGAAGGCGGAGACCUCGGUGACCCCUCAGACCUGGGUGGUGGUCCCUCUCAGACCGGGGUGGUGGUCCCUCUCAGACCUGGGUGGUGGUCCCUCUCAGACCUGGGUGGUGGUCCCUCUCAGACCUGGGUGGUGGUCCCUCUCAGACCGGGGUGGUGGUCCCUCUCAGACCUGGGUGGUGGUCCCUCUCAGACCGGGGUGGUGGUCCCUUUCAGACCUGGGUGGUGGUCCCUCUCAGACCGGGGUGGUGGUCCCUCUCAGACCUGGGUGGUGAGCCACGAGGCACAGGUGAGUGAAGUUCCACAGCAGCUGCAGGAGAGGAAGAGGAAGAGGAAGAGGUGGAGGAAGAGGAAGAGUGAGAGGAGGAGGAAGGAGAAGGAGAAAAAGAAGGAGAAGAAGAGGAAAGAGAAGAAGAAGAAGAAAGGUUAG